AUGGGCGUACGAGGCCUCCUGCAGUUCUUGGAGCUGCAGCCGAACGUGUGGACACAGCUGGACUUGGCGAAGGAGGCGCGCUCUUCGGGACGGCCGUUCCCCGUCUGCUUCGACCUGCGCGACACCUGCGCGUGGCUGGUGUCCCGGGGCGCGGAGGCGGCUGCAGGCCGUGCCGACGGCGCUGGCGCCCACAACCGUUGCUUCGGCCACUACGCCAGGUUGGACGAGGACCUCACCGCCCUGGUGACGCGGCUCAGGGAGGCUGGCGUUACGCCCGUGUUUUUCGCGGACGUGCCAGCGGGUGCCGGGCUCCUCGACAAGUGCUGCCCAGAGAGGCUGGCGGCCCUCCGCGUCCACCUCGCUCGCGCCGCUGAGGCGGCCAGCGAUGUGGACGGCUGGUGCCGCACCGGCGCCGGGGGGGUGCCACCGCGCGGGGCCUUGCCCACGCUGUGGGCGGAGCAGGCGGUGGCUACGCUGCAGCGCCUCGGCGCCGCGUCGAUGGCGCUUGGACCCGCCGAGCAGGUGCCCCUGUGGAAGCCGCCCUCGAAGGCGGCCGUGCUCGUGACCGACAGCCUGGAGUGGUGUCUGGUAGAAGGAAACUGGCGCGUGGCGCCGCUCAGCCGCUUCGACGCGCAGGGCGACUUGCUCAGUGACGAGGCCAGCACUACCGCAUCAGCAUCGCGCUGCAUGCUGGAAUACACCAGCGCGGACGCCAUCCGGGAGGCCCUCGGCCUGGGCCCGCCCGAGGCCAAGGCCGGGACGAACGCGCCGCUCGCCCUGAGGGAGCUCGCGCUGCUCUGCGGCACGGACGCCACCCUGCAGGGGCUGCGGAGGAACCGCGUCUACGAGAAGUUGGGCCUGGACCUCUCCACGGAUCCGGUGGGGCAGCUGGCGCGGUGGCUGCAGUCUCGCCUCCACGCGGCCUGGCGCCGCCGCGGGGACGUGAGGCUUGAGGCGAUCUGCAGCACCUUCGAGGAGUGCGUGAAGGCCGACCCCGACCUCGCCACCGCGCUUCGCGUCUCGCGCAUGGCGUACGCGCAGAACGUGGAAGGCAUUAAGCAGCUCAGCGAUCAGAGGAGCGGCGCGGGGGCCGAGGCGGAGGCCCCUGCGCCGUCCGUCCCGCGGCUCCUCGCGGGCCCCGCGCGCGGAGUGGCGCUGGGGGCCCGGGAGGUGUUCCUGCCGCCCCUCGCGGAGCCGCUCGGGGGCGCGGGCGCGUGGGAGACACUCGCGGGGCUGCGCCGGCUGGCGUACAGCUGCAUGGUCCGCCAGGUCCUGGAGCACAGCCCCCAGCACGGCGGCGUGGCCUCGCGGGAGGUCACGCUCGAGACCUCGCUCCAGGGAAGCCUUGAGGCCCUGUGGGCGACGUGGCCGACGCAGAGCCGGCUGCGGGCCCUGUGCCGCUGCGCGGAGCACCUGCUGCACACCGCCGGGCGCGCCGAGGCGACGGCCGAGGGCGUGGUGUGGGAGGAUUCGGAGAGCUGCGCGGGCGAGACCAGCUGCGGCUUUUUCGGGCUGCUCUUCAUGUACCUGGUGUCCUUGAACCUCCAGGGAGCGGCUGGGCCGCAGAUCGCGCCCCAUGAGCUCGACUCCCUGCUGUGCGCGGCGGUGCUGUCGGGGUGCCCAGCGGAGCCGCUGGCGCCCCUGGCCGGCCACGCCGAGCAGGCGGCGCGGAUCCAGGACCUGCGCCGACAGGUGGGAGCCGCAGCCCAGAAGCUGCUGGCGCGCAGUGGCCCUGGCGCGCUGGUGGUGCCGGCCAGGGCGGGACUGCUGGCGGCCCUGCUGCAGGGCGCGUGCCAGGUGCUCGGCGACCUGGUCAGGGUGCUCGGCCUCCACCAGGCGGACGAGAGCCACGGAGGGGAUGCAGGAGGGGCGCCGGCGGUGCAGGUCCCGGAGCCUUCGCGCGUGCUCGGUUGCGGCCUGGCCUUCGCCGCGCUGUACUGCGCGGGCGCCCACGGCGAAGGGCCGGAUCCCGUGCCACAGUUGCUGCUGCUGCUCAAGCCGCCCGGGCUCCGCUGGGCGUUGUGGGGCGUCAGUGGCUCGGGUGACGGCGCGCGUGCCUGCUGA